UUGCGAAACAAGGUCACUUUACAGACCUUCGCCCAACUAAAGCCGUUUUUUGUGGAUUUCCGUUAAAUUUGCAUCGAACAUUAACUGUCAACGUCACAAUGUAUUGCACACGUUUGCUGAGUUUGCCGAAAACUAUCCUGAAGUCUUCAACGAGUAAGAUUCUGCCCCAAAUGAGAGGUACCUGCGCCCAAUGUAGCAGCAAACGAUUUUUUACGCAGAGUGCAGAGUUAGCUCGUCCAGUAAGGCAGUAUGGGCAGAAGACAUGGCCGUUUCAAAGGCUUUUAGUUUUAGGGCAAAAUUCCAAGUUUUUACCCCAAGUUGUGCGUCAGACUACAACUGUUACCAAUCAGGGAGCUGCUGCUACUGGCAUACCCUCUCGUGCUGAUAAAUUGGUUGGAACAUGGCUCCUAACAUGUGCUGGGAUGGCAUUUGGGGCAGUAGUUAUUGGAGGAGUUACCAGAUUGACAGAGUCUGGUCUCUCGAUGGUCGACUGGCAUCUGAUCAAGGGGAUGAAGCCACCGAGGACACAGGAGGAAUGGCAGAAUGAAUUCAACAAAUACCAGCAAUUCCCAGAAUUUAAAUAUUCUGAAACACAUGCAAAAAUGACUCUGACUGAGUUCAAGUUUAUUUGGUACAUGGAGUACUGCCAUCGGAUGUGGGGAAGAACGAUCGGUUUGAUGUUUGCUAUUCCCGCAGUUUAUUUCCUGAAGAAAGGUUGGAUAAGUAAGGCCCUGAAGCCAAGACUUGCAAUUUAUGGCAGUUUGUUAGUAUUUCAGGGGCUGCUUGGUUGGUACAUGGUCAAAAGCGGCCUGGAAGACAAACCCGAAUCAACUGAUAUCCCACGGGUCAGCCAGUAUCGACUCGCAUCGCAUCUCGGCGCAGCUUUUAUAUUCUAUACCCUUCUGCUCUACCAAGGGCUGCAACUUGUCCUUAAGCCACAACCAAUUAAAGAGUUUGCCAAGUUGGGACGCAUACGUGGAUUUGCCCAUGGGCUCACAGCUCUCAUUUUUGUAACUGCCAUGUCAGGUGCCUUUGUUGCUGGCUUGGAUGCUGGAUUGGUCUACAACUCUUGGCCCAAGAUGGGAGAUAAUUGGAUCCCAGAAGACUUAUGGGUGUUCUCCCCAAAGUGGAAAAAUAUUUUCGAGAAUACCACAAUGGUCCAAUUCAAUCACAGAAAUCUAGGCGAAACAACGGUGUGUGCGAUAGCUGGAUUCUGGUGGAUGUGUCGAAAGGCACCAUUGCCUCCCCGGGCGAGGAUGGCAGUCAAUGCCUUAAUGGGAAUGGCUCUAAUACAGGUGUCACUUGGCAUCACCACACUCUUGACAUACGUGCCCACACCAUUGGCAGCCACUCACCAGUCGGGAUCACUGAUUCUUCUCAGCAUCAGUAUCUGGCUCAUGAAGGAACUCAAACGAAUCCCAAAGUAAUGGAAUAUAUUCUGAUGAGGACAAUAUGUUGUUCUCUCCAUACGGUGACCAAUUCAAUGAACUCAUGAAGCUCAUUGCCAUUGUAUUUAGAGUGCCAGGCUUCUGACAAAGAGGUAGUCGGUUCAAAACCCUCCCGAGGCGAGUCACCUCGUUGUUUCAACGUUCCAGUUUGAAGGGUGAUGUUCUUAGUAACUGCUCUGAAUCAACAGCCUCUGGAGCACUAAGGGAUGCCAUAGUGCUCCAAACAGGGUUGACUUGGAAAAGGGCUGUAUAAAUGCAAACUUAAACUUCAAACUUUACAUGUUAUAGGGUUUUUCCAUGCCCUAACCUAAUGCCUACAAACAUUUGGUUAUUUCUUAACAGUAUAUUUUAAGAAAUUUCACAAUAUGAAGUAAUUCCUAGAAAACAUUCCCAAAAUAGAAAUGUUUUGGUGCAGGGGUUCAACUUCUGGUUGUGUCUGCUUCUUGCCUAGAAUGGCACUCAAUCAUGUUAAGAUCUCCCGCCUAGGGACUGUCAUUGCCAAGAUUAUGCUUUUCUCUGAGAAUAUAUUUAUAAGAGUUUAUUGGUGAUACAUAUGCAGAUUUGUUUUGAAUAAAAAUGCUUUGCUUAGCAGACAAAAGAUACGGUCUUGAAUU